UCGACCUUUGAGUGUUAGGUUAUGGUUCAGUCCAUUUUUUCCCAUCAUGAAUGUUUUGACUGAUCUUUUCGAUGAAUAUGCCGAUCGAUUCCAAAAGAUUCCAAUGCUGCCACUGUUAUAUUGUGGCCAUUUUAUGAUGGUUACCUUGGGGCUCAGAAAGAGAAUCGGUGCAACAUUUGCACAGACGAAUCCUCUAGCAUGCUGGUUCUCCACAGUGGUGGCUAACUUUAGUGGUCUUAUUCUGAUCAAUAGUUUAUUAGGAAAGCCCUUGAUCUUAUUAUUUGAAGACCCUAACAAGAUCUUAGUCAUUACAGUAAUCUGGUACUUUGCCUUCUUUUUUCCCAAGAAUUUUUUCACCAGGUUUUUCAUAUCUGAACCUCUUUGGGUUGUGAUAAUUAUACUCAAAGAAGCCCACAGAACAAGGGGGAUCCUUGAUGGUGUUUACCUGGGAAUGAAGCUUUAUCCAGACAGCAUGGUCAUUGUGGUUAUUUUGGGUUUUCUYAAAGGUGCUGCUGGCCUUCUUGCUGAUCCUAUUGCUGCAGCAAUAAGAGGAUCUUCAUCKUUUGCAAAUAAUGAAGCCCUAAAACCAUCUUUUGUCACCAAGAUAUCUGUUUUCAUUAGCAUCAUCUUCACCUGCUCUCUUAAAGGAAUGAUUUUAACAAAUAUUCCAAUAUCACAUCUUUGCUUGGGUUCUUUCAUAAUACUGGCAUCAACCAGGGUCUUACUGUACCUGUCUGGCUGGAGGGACCCAUUUGUUCCAUUUGAGAAUGCAGUUUCACCUGUGUGCUUYGGCUGUCCAUCUGAAAGCCAUGAUACAAAAAGUAAAAAGGACUAAAAACAUCUUUAAUGCAGACUUCAAUCAUCUUCAGCAACUUGUUCAAUUUUGUUGAACUGUCUGUCUUACAAACUAAUAGACACAUGACAAAUUUUCCUUCAAAAACUAGCUCAUUUUCAAGAAUUGUUCCAAAACAGACCUCCUCAGUAGUAUAGACCCCUUGCAGUUCAUGGGAAUGCAGCUCCAACUGGAGGACAAAACAAUAGAUUCUAGUU